GACGUCGGCAGCUCUGAUGACGACAAAACGGUCAAAUCCACUCUGGAACAGGCAGACUUCCUACACAUCGUCACACAGAUAGCAGCCGGAAUGGAGUAUCUUUCCAGCCACCACGUGGUACACAAGGAUCUGGCUGCUCGUAACAUUCUAGUUUGCGAUAAGCUCAACGUUAAGAUCCUGGACCUUGGGUUGUUCAGGGAGGUCUACUCCGCCGACUACUACAAGCUAAUGGGAGCCAGUCCCUUGCCUAUCCGUUGGAUGUCCCCAGAAGCCAUACUGUAUGGCAAGUUCUCCACCGAUUCAGACAUCUGGUCCUACGGCGUGGUGCUUUGGGAGAUAUUCAGCUAUGGCCUUCAGCCGUACUGUGGCUAUUCCAACCAGGAUGUGAUUGAGAUGGUUCGCAACAGA